GUCCAAUUGCCACACCCUAGCUCCCCUUAAUUGCUAGCUAGACCUUCGCAAGAGGUUGAAAUGUUGGCAUGUUGCUAGCAAAAGAAGUAGAAAAAUGAAAACAAAAAGAUGGAAAAUAGUUUUGUAUUCAAAAUGGCACAAUAAAUUUGUUCAGUGUAAAUAGUUGUGAUUGUUGUCUUUAUUUGAAGAGACUCAGGUGAUAUUAAUAGUUUUUAUGCGAGAUAAAUAAUUAUUUGUAAAGACAAAAAUGUCCUUCUUAAACUCUCAUUACAUAAAAUUUGAAAUAGAGAAAAAUAGACAUUUGUAUAUUAUUUGGUGAUUUUAUAAAUCGAACCCAAGCGAACAAAUUUACGUCAAAACGAGGAACAGAAACGAGAGCGAUGAAGGGAGAUGAAGCCAAGAUAUUGCUAGGCUUCCCUCCCAAUUCCACUCCAACCAGCUCCCAGGUAAUAAGGAGAAGCAAAAACAACGCCUUUUCCCCCACAUCUCUUCGCUUUGAUAAAUCAAUUUCAUUCCUCCCUUCUGUUCUUCAAGUAGGGUUCAGCCCCUUGCUUUAAUUCUUGCCCAGCUGGUUUUAAGUUGGUGAUGAACCGAUUUACGAGCUCAAGUUUGCAUCUUUUUGUAUCUUGCAUUUCGUUGAAUUCUUAGGUUAAAGCUGCUUACAAGAAGAAGGUUUGGGAAUCACAUCCUGAUCUUUUCCCUGUUCACGAGAAGGGUCAUGCCGAGUCCCAGUUCAAGCUUGUAAUGUCUUUGCUUAAUUGCUUCUUCUACAUUUGUCGGCACCCUUUUUUCCCCUUAUCAUCCACUCUUGCCUUAAUGUGUUGCUAAACUUAUGGAUGCCUUCAUCCUUAGAAGUUGUGGAUGGUACUACUGUGAAAAACUGUUUCGGAAAAUAUUUCUGUGUCUGCAAUUUACCUGCCCAUCAUUUCGCCCCUCUCGUUCUGAUGUGAUGAUAUUCAUACUCUUGCUUCUUCUGGUUAUGGCGUUGGACUGAAUUGCCUCUCUGUUCCGGUGUCUAAGAACACACUAUGCGGCUACUCUAGCUCUUGAGUGCAUCAGAAUCAGCACCUUCUUGUUUAUACUUUUACGGGGUUGACUCGUCAUCAAUUAUAAGCUAGGAGAUUUGGCAUAACACGUUUUGAUUCUUACAUGUAUUGUUACAGGUUUCAGAGGCUUAUUCUCACCUCUUGUCAGGUAAAUUUUUUUCGGUUUCUUUGUUGUUUGUUUUACCUAGUUAUGCUCCUCGUCAUGGUUUGCAAAUUCUCGAAUGGACCACAACUUGUCGCGGAUAAAUCUGCAGUGUCGAUGUAUGAUCUCCAAGUCGGAACAAUGUUGAGGAACAAAAUGGGCUUAUAGCCAACCUCCUGUCUUCUUGUUCUGCUACUCUCUUCUUGUACCUUUGAUCUUGUAGACUGUAGUAAAUUUUUCGCCAUGUAAGCCAUUUUUUCGGGGGGAAAUUUCAGAUUUCCUGUGAUCCUUUCCAAUGCUUGGCUACUGAUUUCUAGCUGAUCUCUCACCAUAGUUUUAGUUACUAGUUCAGCAUUUGUUAUUUGGUUCAUCUAGUGCACAUAUGAGUAAGCAAAUAAAGUUAAUCAGGCAUUUACUUUUCCUAAACACAUAAGGCUCUCAAUUUGGUUGUUACAUGUUAACUAACAAGUGUCUUGUUCAUACAAUGAGUAUGGUCUCGUAUUGAUUCGGUUCCAAAAUCCUUUAUCCACUUUACGAGAUUCCAUGAGGGGAAUAGUCUUUAUGGAGAUGCCAUCGACAGAUGCAACGGGGAAGAUAAACAGGAUAUGUCUAUUGAUCAUGAAGGUGGUCUUCAAUCGGUAGAUGAGUUUUGUGCUCUUUUUUUCUCCCCUAUCCCUCUUCUGUUAACUUAUGAAGACACUAACAGAGACGAACAGCAUCCUCUGCAAUAAUCCUUUAGGUAAUCAAAGCUGCGUUGGAAUUUCCUAUUAGAUGUCCUGGGUGGGGUGGUCCAUGCCUCAGUUACUAGUGCUGAAUCUGGAACUUCUGAGAUUUGUUUGCCAACCACUCUAGUAUUUGCCAUCAGCAUGCUUGUAUGUUGACUGGUUGUCUUGUGAUUUCCAUGCUUUUGGUCCAUUUUGUUCUGUAUUUUGCUUCAUUUGUUAAUUGAUGUGUAGAAGUCUGUAAAUCAUGCAUUGAUCUGCAGUUUAUCUUGCUCUGGAUAUGUGUUUCCAUGAUACUCACGUUUGCAGACCAUGUCGCACAAAGCUUGUACCUUCAUAGAAGAUUCUAUGAUUAUAUAUGACUUAAGUAAUAAAUGAAUGCUCCCUUGUUAAACUCGGUUUUCAUGGGUGGCACAGGUGGAAGCGUACGAGACUUCUCGUCAGGUUCAGCCACCACAUGGUCUCGAGUAGUAGUUAGAGCCGGAGUACCAAAGGGAGCAAGAGGAAAGAACGAACUCCGAAGGCUUUGGAUUCCAUUUAUGUUCCUUGUCGGGGGAACUAUCGGACUAGCUGGUUUUAUAGGCGCCAGGGCUUACAGAAAGCAGAAAGAGGCAUAUCCUUCACACAACCCUUUCCUUCCUUGAUAUCAAGAGUUACCUGUUUGAAAAAAGAGUUCAAAUUUAAUGUAUAGGCUGGUAUAUAUAUCAUAAUUCAAUAGUUACAGUCGUCUGUUAUUGUACGAUUUCACUGCUACUCGCAGUUGCAAAAUGAGUCGGGGAGAACUGCAGCUGGGUUCAUAUCUAUGUUCGAUAGAGUUUAUUAUAUAGAUUACUUGACCAGAAUGGAUGCGCAAGUGAUAAACUGAAAUGAAGUCAAUUCACGAUGAUAUCUACUCCGAUCUUACAACCAAAUUGCAACUUGUAGGUGAAGGGUGUUCACUGUUCCGGUUCCCACUUGGGCAAUAGAAGGGGGAGAAAGAGAAGUCUGUUUGACAUUUGUAAAAGAGUUGGCAUUUAACACAUAAAUAAAUUAAUGAUUGAAGG